UGAAUUGACACCGGUCUCAUCAUGUCGAGGCACCUUCGCUUCAUUGCGCGGACAGUGAUGGUCCAAAACGGCGACGUUGACACGGCGUACAAGACUUUAACCAGGUUCCUGACUCAGGAUGGGAUUAUUGAUACAGUGAAGCGCAAGCGUUACUUCGAGAAGCCCUGCCGAGAGCGGCAGCGGAAGAACUUUGAGAAGUGCAAGCGGAUCUACAACUCGGAAAUGUCCAGAAAGAUUGCCUUCAUCUCCAAAACAAACAGAGAGGAUCCCUGGCUCGGCUGCUAGUGGAAUGAUUGUGAUGAAACGGGACGUUGUCAGUGGACUUGUUGAGACGGGGCAGAGUGGAAGAAGCAAUCAAGACCAACACAAUAUCACUGUUGCAUCUAAAUGGACUGACUGAGAAAAGCGACUUUCAUCGUUAAACAGUAAAAGGAAGAUGUUUGUUGGCGUGCAUUCAUUUUCAAGUCAACUCUGGACUCUUUUUUUUAAUUUUCUCCUCAAAAUUUGGCAUGAAAAGUGCGUGCUUGUUCUCAUUCUGGGUUGUAACGGGCAGGUUAACGAAUACUUGUUUGACGAUAUUUUGUGUUUUAAAUCACACAGUCUUGCCAAUGAAAAAAACGAAUAAAUUCGUGACAUUUUCUGAAAAUCUUUAGUGAACAUAUAUUUAUCACAAUUAUUUUCUAUUUAAGGGUUCAGUGUGUAGGAUUUAUUCAGGAUUUACUGGCAGACAUGGAAUCCAGUACAGUAAGUGUCUUUUCUUUAGUGUAUAAUCACCUGAAAAGAAGAAUUGUUGUGUUUUUGUUACUCUAGAAUGAGCUGUUUAUAUCUACAUUAGGAGCAGGAUCUUUUUACGGGAGAUAAUCAUGUCGUGCCGCCAUGAUUCUACAGUAGCCCAGAAUGGACAAACCAAACACCGGCUCUAGAUAAAACCUAUUACAUUUUCAUGUCAGCCACUGUGGUUAAAAGCCGCUGUGUUGGAAAAAAAAACACAGAUUUUUGAACAUCCUUUAUUCGGUAUUUAGAUCACCGGUUCCUGUUGAAAAACCUUAUGAACAUCUGGAUCUUAAAUUAUGACGGAAAAGAGACGAGCACAGAUUAUCAGGUGCCGGGCUAGUGGCUUUCUGAAAUGCAAAACAGCAACACAGAAACACUGAUUUGUACUGUGAAACCACUUUUUAUUCAGUAUUUUUACCGGUUUAAAUCACCGGAUCUGUUUGUUUCCGAGAGAAAAGGACCUCUGCGGAUAAUUCAGCUCUCUGUAAAAAAAAACUCCUGAUCAAUGAACACUGAAGGAAUUAUAACCGGGACAAGUUUUAGUUUGGUUGUAAUCUGCAGUUCUCACCACUAGAUGCCACUAAAUCCCCCUAAAUCUUAGACUCUGCUCUUUAAAACAGUAAAGACAAAUGAGUAUCUGCAUAUAAAACAGGGUUCCCACAGUCAUGGAAAACCAGGAAAAGUUAGUAAAAAUUAUUUAAAAUUUUGGAGAAGUCAUUGUUUUGUGUGCAGUGAGAUUGUUGGUGUUAUCUUCCAUGAAUAACAUUCCUCAUAAUUUAAAAUAAUGGCCAAUUUAUUCUCUGUCGCUGACAACAUAAUGUAAGUCUGAUAUGUGUUGAUGCGUGUCGCAUACGUUUCUUAAUUUCCAGCCCGCGUUUUGUCUCUACCCUCAUGUGAAAUGAUGUUUUAAUAGAAUUUAAAUCUAGCAUGUCUGAAAAACACCACCCAAGUGGGGCAAGAAAAAAAAAGCUUACUUAGAAAAAUCAUGGAAAAGUUUUGAGAUUUUCAAUGAAAUGUGGAGCAACCCUGUCAAAGUCAGCAUACGGCAUAAAGAGAUAAAAGCUUCGGAAGUAGUUUGAUUUGACCUCUUUUGCUGGAGGAAACCCGAACAAUGCGGGGGAUGGUUUUGUGGGAAUGGGGUCUCAGCUCAGCAGCAUCUCACCGUUAAUUAAUUCAAGGUCACUACUGCACAGUGUGGCGUUAAUGUCAACUGAUGAUGUCGGCCACCUCCCCGCAAACUCCCAUCAGCAAGACGCAUCGCCCGCGCUCGUCUGUCAGGGCCCCGAGCUUUCACCACAGGGGGCUUUAAUGUUUGCACUCGCCCUCGCUCCCCUCACACAGGGAGAGUUAAACAUUUGCAGCAGGAUCACUUGUCUUAGAGGUUACUAGGUCAUGUUGAUAUCCUGUCCUGUGGCUUCAGUCAAUGGGUGGCACUGUAAGGAGUGAAGGGAGCAGUUCAAUAGUUGACCUAUAUUUUAGCACUGAAAGAAAAUGACUGAUGAUGCUGGUUCCUCCUUUUAAAGGGUCAGUUCGUCUACUUUUGAAAAAAUUAUUUUUCUGUCAUCCCUAAGGGUUAAAAACUUCAACAGUAAUGCAUCUUUCCAGAAAAACGCUCUGUUAUUGUGGAUAAUCAGGAUUUCUCGGAGUUACUUUUGGACGAAGAAAUAGUGAAAACAUGGAAACUGGUUGUGUUCUGUGAAUUAGUCAGUGACACGAAUGUUGCUGUUGAUUUUAUUUUCUCCAUGGUUUGAGCUCCACAGCUGAAUUUUCUUUCACCUCUGUUGAACUGUGGUGGCAAUGAACAUUGUCUCUGAAUGGCUGCGUAUAUGAAAAUGUUUUUUUGUUAAUUGUACUAUAAUUUCUGUCAUUUGGUUCUCUGGUUCUGUCUGUGGUUGUGCAGUCAGUGUCAGCGGGCAGUAAUAUGAUGCAAAUGUUUUUCUUGGCCUCUUACCAACAUGGACACUCAAACACA